AUGUCACGCGAAUUCAAUAUCGACGAAUCCUCCCUCCCCUCAGUCUUCCAGCAGCAAUGGAAAUCCAACCCCGACCCGACCGCGUUGCCCUUUCCCCGCGACAACCCACCAUUUGCUCUCACAGCCAUAGAUUGGCAGCAGCUUUCCCUUUCUGACUCGGAAUUCACACCGCAUUCUUGGUCCAACCUCCAGGACCUCAUUUUCACCAACCACCUCGAAGAGCUGAAACGCUGGCCCAGCGCCUUGAAAGCAUAUCUCGCGUGGACAGCGCAUGUAAAGCAGAAAUACGGCAGCGUAAUGACAUACCUGCUCGACCAGCGACUUCUCUGGGACCCAGUCGAAGAUGAGACAGGGGCGUUGCGGUUUGAUGUAGUCAACAGCACGCCUUUUGCGGAUCCAGCGGACUACAAGAUUCUGAGGAAUGACUGGACGUAUGCGUUUGUGCCUGGUAUCAAGCAUAUUGUUGUGUGGUUGAAGCAGCGGUUACCGGUGGAUGCGAAGGGUGCGUUGAGUGAGGCAGGAAGGGCGCAAGUGGAGGGUUUUGUGAAGAGAGAGUUUAGGGAUAAGGCGGGAGAGAAAGAGGAGGGCAGCAAGGUUAUUUGGUUCAAAAACACGACAGAUUUGCAGAGUGUGAGGAGUUUGGAACAUGUGCAUGUUCUGGUCAGGGAUGUGGAGGAGGAGGUGCUGAGAGAGUGGAUGGUUUAG